UGUAACAUAAGUGCAUAACCCUAUGUCCUUUCCACUCAAACAAGUUGCAGAUUGACUAAAUUCUAAUAAUAUUACUGCAGUGAUGCUGUUUUAAUUUCUUGUGUAGCAGAGCAGAUAUGGCUUUCUGUUGUAAUAAAACUUGCCCUGCAAACUCUCAUCUUCUGGCGAGCGACUUUUGGAGGCCAUUCAAGAUUCCCAAGUUUCAAUAUGUGAAGAAAGGACGAUUUGAUGUGUCCCAAAGGGCUUCAAAGGCUCUGGCUUUCUUUGGCCUGACAACUCCUCCAUAUAAACUUGAUGCAUUGGAACCAUAUUUGAGCCGGAAGAUGCUGGAAAUGCAUUGGGGAGCUCAUCAUCGUGAUUAUGUGGAGGGUUUGAAUGAACAGCUUAAGAACAAUGAUCCAUUAUAUGGGUACACUUUGGAUGAACUAGUCAAAGUAACCUACAACAAUGGGAAUCCUUUACCAGAAUUUAACAAUGCUAUCCAGGUCUGGAACCAUGAUUUUUUUUGGGAAUCCAUGCAACCUAGUGGUAGCAACAUGCCUGGAGAAGGUCUUCUUCAGCAGAUUGAGAAGGAUUUUGGUUCUUUUACCAAUUUCAGGGAGAAAUUUGUAGAUGCAGCACUUACGCUAUUUGGUUCUGGCUGGGUUUGGCUUGUACUGAAGAAUAAGGAGAAAAGACUUGCGGUGGUUAAAACAUCAAAUGGCAUCAACCCACUACUUUGGGGUGACUUUCCCAUCAUCAAUUUGGAUAUGUGGGAGCAUGCUUAUUAUCUGGAUUAUAAGGACGACAAAGGAAAAUAUGUGAAUACGUUCAUGAACAACCUUGUAUCAUGGGAUGCAGCGACAGCACGCAUGGCCCGUGCUGAGGCUUUUGUGAACUUAGGGGAGCCCAAAAUUCCUGUUGCUUGAAACGUUUCUUGUGUGAGUAUGUAAUUUUUUAUUUUAUUUUAUUUUAGGGUAAACUUGUAUUUAAAAUUUGUUUUAGUGGAUGGGCUCUUUUUUAUCAUCUUUGGAACUGAUAUCCAUUAGGUUGCACAUACUCUACUAGUCUACUGUAGUUUAUGCAUAAUUUCAAUCAUGUAGCAAUGACUUAGUGC